AUGCUGCCCCCCGAGCCGGUCCACCCUAUCGUCACCCCUCGCGUGUUUCCAGCUCCAGGCGCACGCGGCUACAACCUGCAGUCCCAGGACUACGGUGGCCUCCUCGGCGGCGACCCGUCGUUUGCUGGGCGCAUGCUGCUGCACGCGACCAGCGUGGAGCUGACGCUGCGGGGCGAGCACCUGCGGCUGGAGGUGCCCCACGGCUUCGGGCCCGCGCUCCUGCCCUGCAGGACGUUGGGGUUUCUCUGCGCCCUCGAGCUGCAAUCCAUAUGCUUGCGCCCUGUGGAGGCGCUUCUUUCGAGGUUUGACUCCGCGCACUCUGACGAGAUAUCACGGCCGAGCCCCUACGAGGUGCACUACGGCACGUGCUCCUGCGACUUCAGGAAGCUGGAGUGCCUGCCCUCGGCAGACUGCUUGCGCGCGGUCCGGGCCACCUCGGACGAGCUGAUUUCGGGCGGUGUUGUGGCGAGGCGGGCGUUGAAGAAGAAGUACCAGUUCGAUCACGAGGCCGUGGGGCAGCCCUUGUACGCCGCCUCGAACUUCCCGAUGGGGAAGUUGAUCACGUACGCGGCGAUCGGCAAUUGGCGGAAGUGGGCCGCUGGCGCGGACAUGCAGCAGUCCUUCCCGGGCUACGCGUACGGCCAUUACAUCGACCCCAAACGCUAUCCUUACUGCGUCAACCAGAGCUUGACUGGCUCCGCGUGCUUCUGGCAGCCGUUCGGAGCAGCCGAGGACCUCGGUGACAUCGAAGAGCAGGCGGUGCAUCGGAAAGGCCAGCAGGAUGGCGUAGCUGGCGCAGACUUCGAGCAGUUCCGGCUGAACCUGGCGACGGCGAUCGUGCCUGGGACUCACCAGCAGAACGAUGAGAUUCUGAAUGCAUUGCCUGCGGAUCAGUAUCUGCUUUCAUUCGCACACGUCGCCCGUAUGCAGUUCAACAUGCAGCCAUCUUUGCGGGAUGCCUACAAGAAGUACAGGUCUGUUGUCAAUCCUGGCGUCGGCCAGCUGAGAGUGGGUGUGCAUAUCAGGAGAUCCGAUUCGUGUAGCGAAUUGGUUCGCAACGACGGGUACAAGAUGGAGGCGUCGAACAUUGAUGCGGGUCCACAGAUGACAAACGUGCGCUUGUGCUACCACACGCAGGUAUACAUCGAUGGGCUGAGCCGCGUCAAAAGCCGUUACGGCUUGCCUCUGGCAGUCUAUUUGUCUUCGGACGACCCCGGAUCCAUCCUUGACGAGAUCAAGUCGUUGAGUCCCGACUUGUUUGAGAGCAGCUCUUGGCAUCAUGUGAGUUUCGCGCAGGAUGCACAAGAGUCUUUUGGGUACAACAAGAAUACGGGCCUGACCGUCGAGUUCCAGGACGACGCAACGUCCGCGCUGAUCGGAGAGACGGCGGCCCUCGACGCGUGGCAUCUGAGCCACAGCGAAGUGUUCAUCGGGUCCUUGGGGUCGCGCUUCGGGAAGGCCGCGUACCUCCUUGCCGUCUCGCGGCACAAUGUCGUGGUCCCGUACAUCUCCGUCGACGGCCACAGCUAUUGCUGCCAGAACGACGAGCAGUGCUCCCGUGCGACCGAGGGCCUCACGGGAAUGACCGACUGCUUGUUGUUCGCUCCCGAGAUUGAUCACAUACCGCCGAACAAGAAGGGCACUUACUGGGAGGACGGCGUCACGAUCCGCCACGACCGGCCAGUCUCCGAGAGGCAGCCCAUGUGGCCGGCCGCUUCCCCCUACGCGACGGAGCCUGCUCUGUCUCGACCCGCUGGGCUGGCCCACGGCCCGGCCUGA